AAAAAAGUUUUGUGAUCAUUCAUUUCGAUUCGUCUAACUUGCAUUGUCCAGCUGCAGGAAGAAGCUGACUCUCUGAUAAAUACCUUUGAGAUGCCCAAAAUCCACUGAAACCUGCAGUAUUAUCUCUGCACCUGAUUAUAAAUUGUGGUAUUUGGCUUGUAGCCUUUGCCGGUGCUAGUGCUAUAAUCUGUGAUGAAAAAUAAGACCUCAACAUCUCGGUAAUAAAGUUCAAGAUUCCUUCUAUCCUUACUCGUCUCCAUUGUACCAUUUCCCGAUGGCUCUAUGUAAAGCCCAUGGUCUUUAUAAUACAUCGAGUGCUUUAACACCACAGUCCAACAUAACUGACGACGACGGGCCUACUGUAAAAAAAUUUCAUAGUAAUGUAAAUUCUAAAGAUUCAAAAACUUUUGAGAUAGAUAGACCUAUCGGAUAUGGAGCUUUUGGAGUUGUAUGGGCUGUGACUGAUCCACGUACAGGAAAAAGGAUAGCCCUGAAGAAGAUGCCCAAUGUCUUUCAAAAUAUAGUAUCAAGCAAACGCGUUUAUAGAGAGCUGCGGAUGCUUACUUACUUCAAACAUGAAAAUGUUUUGAGGGCAUUAGAUAUUCUUCAACCUGAUCCUUUAGAUAGAAUGCACGAACUAUACGUUGUAACAGAACUUAUGCAAAGUGAUUUACAUAAGAUCAUUGUAUCACCUCAACCUCUAUCUUCUGAUCAUAUAAAGGUUUUUCUUUAUCAAAUACUAAGAGGAUUAAAAUAUUUGCAUUCAUCUGGCAUUAUUCAUCGUGACAUUAAGCCGGGUAAUCUAUUGGUAAAUAGUAACUGCCUUUUAAAAAUAUGUGAUUUUGGACUUGCUCGUUGUGAAGAACCAAACAGGUCUAGAGAAAUGACACAAGAGGUUGUUACACAAUACUAUCGAUCACCUGAACUUCUUUCUGGAGCAACUUACCAUUCGUAUGGAGUUGAUAUAUGGAGUGUUGGAUGCAUUUUUGCUGAGCUUCUUGGUAGAAAAAUUCUUUUCCAAGCUCAAUCUCCAAUUCAUCAGCUAAAUCAAGUAAUUAAACUACUGGGUACUCCUCACCCUGAUGAUAUUCGGUCAUCAGGUGCUAGCGAAGGUGCAUUUUGUUACAUUAUGUCUCAACCUUACCGACCACCAGCAAUGCACACUCUUCAUAAUUUAUCUAGCCGAGCUAAUCAUGAGGCAAUACAUUUACUUUGUAGAAUGCUUGUUUUUAAUCCAAAUAAGCGUAUAACUGUUACAGAUGCCCUAACACAUCCAUACUUAGAUGAGGGCAGAUUGCGCUAUCAUACAUGUAUGUGCUCCUGUUGUUCAACUUCUGCUGCUGGAAGGCAAUAUGUUAAUGAUUUGGAGCCAUGUGCACCCUUUGCAUACGACUUAAGUUACGAAGAAAAUUUAUAUACUGUGCAUCAAGUCAGAGAAGCUGUAUAUCACUUUAUUUUGGAUAUGCAUAGAAAAUCUGGUGUUGUUCCACUUUGUUUAAACACUGCUUCUCCUGUUUAUUCACAAUUUCAAACUUCAACUGUUGCACCACAACCAGAUUUAAGCGAUUCUCCGCAUCCUUGGUGAAGCUGUCUAAAAUAAGAUUGUUAAAGUAUUAUUUAGAUCAAAUGUUGAUCUAAAAAAAUUACUUGGUGAGCGAGUAAUUGCAACUGCGAGUUCCAAAAUGUUUUAACCAAAGAAACAAAAAGAAAGGUUGGUCAUAUUAUAUUGACGUCAUCUUGUGACGAUUUUUCCAAAAUUAGGUCGAGAACUUCCGUUUUAUAAAUAACAGAGUAUUUAUUUUAGUAUUCAUCAUUUUUAUGAUGUCAUUGUGUGUAUGUGCGUCUCUAUAAAAUUUUAAGUUAAUUUAUUUUGUAAAAGAUUAUCUCUUUUAUUUAAUUGUGUAAUUAAAUAUGCAUGUUUCUAUAUGCAAUAAAAUAUGAUGAAUGUUUAAAACUCAAUAAUUCUACAAUAAACUAAUUGUUUAAUAUCAUUAUUGUAAUUAUUAGCAUCAGUAUUUCAUUACUUAGCUAAAAAAAGGUUUUGUAUACUUGCUUGUGAAUAUUAUGAAUGUUGUGCACGUGAUGCACAUUAUGUUGUGAAAGUUUUUUUUAACAGGUUUAAUAACGUAUUUGUAAAUAGUUAACAUAUAUAAACUCUACCUUUACAGGUUCUUUCAACAUUAAUUUGACUAUUUCGACAAUAACUCCUUCAACUUUUGCAGCUUUUUUCAAAUUUGGGUUGACAAUUCUUUUUUCUUCUUUCUUUUUGAAAAUUUCAAGCUUAUAGUUUACUUCUUUAGUUAAAACUCUGUAGCUUUAUUUAAAAAUACCAUUUUUUUAAAUUUUUCUUUCUAUUAUCUAUUAUAUCUCUAGCUAUUGACUAUUUUCUCUUCGUUUUUUUAAUGACGUAAAUUUAUUAAAUAUAUAUUUUUUUGUUUGAAUGUUGCCUGAGUUGGAUUUUUUUUUUAUUAAUUCUUGUUUUGUUUUUUUGUUUUUUAAAUGAAUCAUUGCUGAAAUAUUUUUUGUUAAAUUUACUUUUUUUUAAUUCAUAAAUAGCUGGGUUAUUGACGGUCUUCAGUGUUGGACUGAAUAAGCUCUUUUUUUUUUCUUUUAAAUUGGUGUUUUUUGCAAUUGAGUUUCCCCAUUAUACAUAGUUGCUUUUUUUUUCGUUUUUUGUGUUUCCUUUCAGCCCAAUAAUUUAACACGUUUUUUUUUUUUUCGUUUUUUUUUCUUACUAAAAUUUAUUUUCUCUGCAGUUUAUCUUUUAAUAUGGUCAUUGUAAAUAUAUUUUUAAAUUAUGCCAUAAAUUAAAAAAUUAUAAAAUAGGUUAAAAAAAUAUUGUAAAUAUACGCUUCGCAGAAACCAAAUUUAAAGUUAGUCUUAAAAAGAAUUUUUUUAUUCUGGCGUUUCAUUCGCUUUUAAUUUUGACUGUUUUAAAAGUUGAAAUGUUUCGGUGUACGUGUAAAUACAUAUGUCAUAUAUAUAUACACAUAUUGGUAUAUUAACAGACUUUUGUUCUUACUGAAGUGACUAAUUUAUAUAAUUAUUGUAUAUAACUUGUUCAAUUGUAAAUGUGUUUAUUUUGUGUUGUUGAGUAGUUU